AAUAUAUAGUGAAAACAAUAGUGGUCCUAAAACGGAACCUUGGUAAAGGAGCCCUGUGGUGUCGUCCUGUCAGGGGAGGAAGCGUCAUGACAGAAGUUAUUUCCCCCGCUGACUGGCCAAGGAGAAUAUCGCCUGUGAUGUUGAGGAAAAAUCUGUGUCCGGACCAAAACAACAGAUAUGACUGAUCCAUUGUUUUCGCAAUGGAGUAUUUGUUUCUUUCAUUUUACAGUUAGGAUUUUGAUUUCCGUACAAUUGAUCUAACGUACAGUAGUACAAAUAGGAACAUUUUUCUUCCUUUGCAUAUGCAAAAUAUAUUUACUUUAUGUUUGCUUUUUUACUAUACAUGUGCUUACAGUAUGCUGUUUGACAUGUAUUGAGUCAUGUUCAAAUUUAAAAUGAUUUUUUUUUUUGCAUUUGUGUUCUGUUUGAGUGAACACAAACAACAACAGCAACAUCUAAGUCUUUACACUGAAAUAGGUUCUGAUAGUAGUGUUUUGAAUAUGUCACAUUAGUUUGAUCUCGAUUGUCACUAAGUUAGAUUCAUUUGAUGUGUGUGUGUGUGUGUGUGUGUGUGUGUGUGUCUCAUUUGUAUGCAUAGUUUCAUUUUGAGCAGGGUCUACAUGAUUUUGAUCCCGAAUUAUUGUGUUUCAUUGUGCAAAAGAUGUCUGUGGGGUGGGGGUUUGGGGAAAAUUGUCUGUUUUGUGUUUUGAAUACUUUCGAUGUGUUUCAGCAAACGCGUUUUAACAAUUGGGAAAAACUUGUCAAAUAUGUGGAAACAACGUUGAUUCAAACUAGCCCCAGUGGGAUGUGAUCCGUUACACCACAGCCAAGGUCGGUGUGGAGGGUUCCUGUGACCAGCGGCAGACCUAAAUUAGGUCUGGCCCACAGUGACUUGGGCUCUAUGACUAAAUUUGACCUUGUGGGCUCAGAGAUUCCUUUGAAAUGUUAAUCCCAUUAACCCAGAGUUAUAGUGUCAUGGAAUUGCGGACUAUACCUGCAUGUUCUACCCCAUCACUGUUCUCCUUGGUGGGACGUCUCUGUCCAACGAGCCAAUCAUGGGCCCCCCCCCACACACUUUACGCCUGUUGAAGCCUAGAUGUCCCCAGGUUCUUGGAAGAGCUGUCCAGUUAUCUCAUUAUAGGGUUACCUCCUUUUUUUAGUAGCUGGGGAGGGCGGCUUAACUCAAGCAGAUUAAGACAGAGUCAAUGCAGCAAGAGUCAGCCACUUGAAGCGUUGUUCUCCACUACACCUCACCUCACCUCCGGCUCUGCUCCCUCCGCCAACCUUUCUAGCUAGCUCUCUCUGCAGGCAGGCCCCAGGCCCCAGACCCCAGGCCCACAACGCACCUCUCUCUCCUAGGCAGAAGCAGGACGUGUCUGUAGGAAUAAGAAAGAAUGGGGGCCUACGAGUCUAACCUGGACGAUAUCCUGGCAGAGGACAUGCACCACUGGUACAACAAGUUCAUGAAAGAGUCUCCUUCGGGACUCAUCACGUUGUUUGAGUUGAAGACUAUGCUGGAGAUGCAAGGGAUGACAGAAGAAGCUAGCAGCUACGUCGACCAGGUCUUCUUUACCUUCGACAUGGACGGGGAUGGAUAUAUAGACUUCGUAGAAUACAUAGCAGCAGUCAGUCUGAUGCUGAAAGGAGAAAUCAACCAAAAACUAAAAUGGUACUUCAAACUUUUCGAUCAGGACGGAAACGGCAAAAUUGACCAAGAUGAAAUGGGGACAAUAUUCAAGGCCAUCCAGGACAUCACCAGAUGUUAUGACCCUCCUACGGAGGAGAUUGUGACCCUCAUUUAUGAGAAGGUUGACAUAAAUAACGAAGGUGAGUUGACUCUGGAGGAGUUUAUCGAAGGAGCCAGGGACCACCAAGACAUCAUGGAGAUGUUGGGAAAGAUGAUGGACCUCACCAACGUUCUAGAGAUCAUUGUCAACGGACAGAAAAAGCAGGUCAAAUCACCCGAAUGACGAUGACGUCA